AGGAACUCGCGCGAGACGGAGACCGUCUUCUCGCGAGAAGUCUGGGAGGCGGCAGUGAUGGCGGCGGCGGGAACCGGCCCUGGCCCGGGAGCUAGUGCCGGACCCAGCCCGACAGCAGCUGCAAUUACAGCACCAGCGGAAGAGGGAGAGACGAAGCCAGUGGUAGCAGUUGCAGCAACCGCUCCAACUGGAGAGGGAAUAUCUGCUGCUCCAUCAGCGGAGCCCAGUUCUGGAGAGGCCGAAAGCGGGGAUACAAACUUGGUUGAUGUAAGUGGUGGUUUGGAAACAGAAUCCUCUAAUGGAAAAGAUACACUAGUCCUGUUUACCUUUCAUGACCAACUACAGCUUUCAUUGUAAUGUAUGCCAUCAUAGUGGAAAUACCUAUUUCCUCCGGAAACAAGCAAACUUGAAGGAAAUGUGCCUUAGUGCUUUGGCCAACCUAACAUGGCAAUCUCGAACACAGGAUGAACAUCCAAAAACCAUGUUCUCCAAAGAUAAGGAUAUUAUACCAUUUAUUGAUAAAUACUGGGAGUGCAUGACAACCAGACAGAGACCUGGGAAAAUGACGUGGCCAAAUAACAUUGUUAAAACAAUGAGUAAAGAAAGAGAUGUAUUUUUGGUGAAGGAACACCCUGAUCCUGGGAGUAAAGACCCAGAAGAAGAUUACCCCAAGUUUGGACUUUUGGAUCAGGAUCUAAGUAACAUUGGUCCUGCUUAUGACAACCAAAAACAAAGCAGUGCUGUGUCUACCAGUGGGAAUCUAAAUGGAGGAAUUGCAGCAGGAAGCAGUGGAAAAGGAAGAGGAGCUAAGCGCAAACAGCAGGAUGGAGGAACCACAGGCACCACCAAGAAGGCCCGGAGUGACCCUUUGUUUUCUGCUCAACGCCUUCCCCCUCAUGGCUACCCCUUGGAACACCCAUUUAACAAAGAUGGCUAUCGAUAUAUUCUAGCUGAGCCUGAUCCCCAUGCCCCUGACCCUGAGAAGCUUGAACUUGACUGCUGGGCAGGAAAACCUAUUCCUGGAGACCUCUACAGAGCCUGCUUAUAUGAACGGGUUUUGUUAGCCCUACAUGAUCGAGCUCCCCAGCUCAAGAUCUCCGAUGACCGACUGACUGUGGUUGGAGAGAAGGGCUACUCUAUGGUGCGGGCCUCUCAUGGGGUACGGAAAGGUGCCUGGUACUUUGAAAUCACUGUGGAUGAGAUGCCCCCAGACACUGCUGCUAGACUGGGUUGGUCCCAGCCCUUAGGUAACCUUCAAGCUCCCUUAGGUUAUGAUAAAUUUAGCUAUUCUUGGCGAAGCAAAAAGGGAACCAAAUUCCACCAGUCCAUUGGCAAACACUACUCUUCUGGUUAUGGACAGGGAGACAUCCUGGGAUUUUAUAUCAAUCUUCCUGAAGACACAGAAACAGCCAAGUCACUGCCUGAUACUUAUAAAGAUAAGGCUUUGAUAAAGUUCAAAAGUUAUUUGUAUUUUGAAGAAAAAGACUUUGUGGAUAAAGCAGAAAAGAGCCUAAAGCAGACUCCUCAUAGUGAGAUAAUAUUUUAUAAAAAUGGUGUCAAUCAAGGUGUGGCUUACAAAGAUAUAUUUGAGGGAGUUUACUUUCCAGCCAUCUCACUGUACAAGAGCUGCACGGUUUCUAUUAACUUUGGACCAUGCUUCAAGUAUCCUCCAAAGGAUCUCAGUUACCGCCCUAUGAGUGACAUGGGCUGGGGCGCUGUGGUAGAACAUACUCUGGCUGAUGUCUUAUAUCAUGUGGAAACAGAAGUGGAUGGGAGGCGGAGUCCCCCAUGGGAACCCUGACCAGGUCCCAUUUUCUUUUCAGACAUGGACUUUCUCGAGAAUGAUACUGGGUUUAUUUGUUUUGUUUUGUUUUUUUAAUAGUUUUAAGUGUCCUCUCUAAGAUGGUACAGAACACAGCUUCUGCUUUUUGCAAGUUCAAAGUCCAGGGUGGGAACCAGGGCAAACUCCCUGCCUUUUUAAUAUCUUUCCUCACUUCCAGCGAAUGCUCUUAUAUUGUGUACCAUAUGCCAACAAUUGCUGACCCCACAGUUACGUAAAUUUCCUGUGAAAUUGGUGCUGUACCACAUAUCCCUCCAGCUGGGAUUUGUUAUAUUACUGUAUUUUCUACAGAGUGAAUAAUCUUGUCUGAGUAGGCGACUAAAGAUAUUUCCUUCUGUGGGUGUUGACUCCCUGCCAUCUGAUUUCCAUGGAAGUGGUUGGCUUAUUUAUGAGAAUAGCUGAAUCAAUAGCUGUACAUUCCAAACAAUCUAAAAGUUGUUUCCUUUUGGUGCAAGUUUGUUUUUGUUACUAAUUUUGAAAUACACUUUUGACCACUGGUGUCUCUGAAACUAAUAAGGUCUCUAGAACUAUAAUUGUGAAAGGAACUUGAGUGCAGCUUUAACAAAGGUAGGAACUAUUCCCAAAUAAAACUUGUUUUAAGUUUGUGUGACAUUUUGGUUCCCUCAGAUUUGGGUGUUCUUGGUGACAGAAGUGUGGACAGUAAGAGGAGGGGCAGUGGCACUAGAGGGAGAAGCCAAUUUCUGACUUGGAUCUCAGCUCCUCUCCUGUUGCUUCUAUCUCAGCCACCCCAUCAACUACUCCCUUCAUUUUGAGGAAAUUGCACUUUCAAAGAAGUGAACAAAAGUUUAAAGAGCUAAUGGAUUCUCUCCUACUCUUGUCUUUGAACUUGGCUGUUGAUCUGUUCAGGUUGUUUUCCUGCCUUGCUUAUCUUCCUUUGCAAUACUGAUGGUUAAAGGACAGUGUCUAGAAUACUAAAAAUUGAAAUAUAUGAGCCU